CAACCAACCAGACAACUUGAUCGCCAUCACUCCACAAUUCGCAUCUUCUUCUAUAUAUAGCCCAUUGCCAAUCCUACUUAUUUGUCUCUCAGCCACUGUCUCCUCCCUCCCUCCCUCCUCUCCUCCCUCUGCCAAAUCCAUGGCCGCCAAGCCUAAGAUUCCUCGUUUAUUCUAUACACUCUUAAUUUACAUUAUCUUAAGCUUUGUGUCAACAGAAUCAGCUCCUGAAGAAGCUCUGAUCACUCAGCUUCCCGGUUUUGAUGGCACUUUUCUUUCCAAGCACUAUGCCGGGUACGUGACCUUAGAUGAAAGUCACGGCAAGAAACUGUUCUAUUACUUUGUGCUUUCUGAAAGUAAUCCCUCCAAAGAUCCAGUGGUUCUCUGGCUCAAUGGCGGCCCUGGUUGCUCAAGCUUCGAUGGAUUUGUCUACGAACACGGACCUUUCAAUUUUGAAAUGGGAAGUAAUGGAAGCCUGCCCAUGCUGCAUCUCAAUCCAUAUAGCUGGUCCAAGGUUUCCAACACAAUAUAUUUGGACUCUCCUGCUGGUGUAGGAUUUUCUUACUCAGGAAAUCAAUCAGAUUACAUCACUGGAGACCUGAAAACUGCUUCUGACUCACAUACCUUUCUCCUCAAGUGGUUCGAGCUGUACCCUGAAUUCCUCUCCAAUCCAUUUUUUAUUUCUGGAGAGUCAUAUGCUGGAGUAUAUGUGCCCACUUUGUCCCAUGAAGUAGUCAAAGGUAUUGAUGCCGGCGUAAACCCCAAAAUCAACUUCAAGGGAUAUAUGGUGGGAAAUGGAGUUACUGAUGAUGAAAUUGAUGGUAAUGCUCUAGUGCCAUUUGCUCAUGGAAUGGGACUCAUUUCAGAUAAACUGUAUGAGGAAGUUACCAGUGAGUGUCAAGGAAACUACUAUAAUCCAGCAAGUGACAAUUGUGAAAACAAGCUUGCACAAGUUGAUAGAAACAUUGAAGAUCUAAACAUAUACAACAUUUUAGAACCAUGUUAUCAUGACAAAGGAACUUUAGAGACAACAACUGCUAAUGUGAAGUUGCCAUCAAGCUUCAGGAAACUAGGUGAGACUGAAAGGCCCCUUCCUGUAAGGAAAAGAAUGUUUGGCCGCGCAUGGCCUCUUAGAGCUCCAGUAAAAGAUGGAAUUGUUCCCACUUGGCCACAACUUCUUGACAGUAACAGUGUUCCAUGUAUGAAUGAUAAAGUUGCAAGUACAUGGCUCAACAACAAAGCAGUUCGACAAGCAAUUCAUGCUGAACAAGCAAGUGCGGCGGGCACUUGGGAGUUGUGUACAGACAGAAUCAUAUUUAACCAUGAUGCUGGAAGCAUGAUAAAGUAUCACAAGAACCUCACUUCUCGAGGAUAUCCGGCACUUAUAUAUAGUGGGGACCAUGACAUGUGUGUUCCAUAUACCGGGAGUGAAGCAUGGACAAGGUCAGUUGGAUAUAAGAUUGUAGAUGAAUGGAGGCCUUGGAAUUCCAAUGGACAAGUUGCUGGGUACUUGCAGGGAUAUGAGAACAAUCUCACCUUCCUCACCAUAAAGGGUUCUGGACAUACUGUCCCAGAGUACAAACCACGUGAAGCAUUGGACUUCUAUAGCCGUUGGUUAAUGGGAAAAACAAUAUGAAAGAAUUUUAUGGCUCUUCUUAGAGAAAGAGUCAUGGUAGUCCUAAUUUUGUAUUUCUUUCUUUUCCCAGAUAGCUAUUUGAGUACAGUGAAAAGCUAUAGAAUAUAAUUAAUACCUGAAGGUAAUUACUUCACUAUUGCAAUUCCUAUGUACUAUUGGACUAAAUUGAGCUUAUUAUCGUUCCAUUGACCUUUCCCUAUCUACCAAA